AAUAGUUAUUCAAGUUGGCAAUACUGCAAAAACGGCGAAUGAAAAGUGUUUCCGAAAGAAAUUAUACAUAGCCUUUAAUGUGAUUUUGUGAAUUUGUGUUAGUGCAAAAUUAAUUGUAGACUGUGUUUGGUUUAAAUAAAUAUUUUUGGAGCAAAGUUCCCAAAAAAACGAACCGCUUGGUAGUAAUAUGAGUAAUGUUACCAACCAAAAUGGAACAGGUCUAGAGCAGCAGCUUGCUGGUCUGGACUUGCAGCCUCAGGCUCCUAAGAGUUCUGGCCGCUACAUUCCUCCACAUCUGCGCAAGCAGUUGGAGGCUAAACCUUCUGAAGGAGAAGGGUCUAAGCGUCAAAGCUUAGACAGUGAGGGGCCGGACAGCCGUUCAUCAUACGGUGGCAACUCUAGAACGUACGACCGUGGUGGUCGGCGCGACGACCGCGAGCGUGACCGCGACCAUGAGAACGAUCGCGGCUACGAUCAGCGAUACCCGCGCACUAACCGCGGUCGAGAAUCCGGCAGUCAGAAUGGCGACGCCGAGCGAUACGAGAACGAUCGUUGGACAGACCGUAGUCGGGGAUCGCGCGAUAUUCGCGAACCACGGGAGCCGACGAGGGACAUCAGGAAGGACGAGGACUUCAACGAACCUCCUCAGCCCCGAAACGACCGUUGGAAGGAGCCCGAGCCGAGGGAAGACCGCUCCAACUCGCGCUGGCCAUCUGAUGAUGUCCGUCGCACUGCCUCUCGCAGGGGCGAGGUUCACUCUAACGACUGGACAGUCCCGCUACCUCGCGACGAGCGGCAGGAGUUGGAGCUGUUCGGCACGGGCAACACUGGCAUCAACUUCUCCAAAUACGAGGAUAUACCGGUGGAGGCCAGCGGCGAGAACGUGCCGGAUUUCAUUACAAGCUUUGAGGAUGUUAACUUGACGGAAAUAAUGCGGUCGAACAUAGCGUCCGCCCGAUACGACAAGCCGACCCCGGUGCAGAAGUACGCGAUCCCAAUAGUGCUGGGGCGGCGUGACGUCAUGGCCUGUGCGCAGACCGGCUCCGGGAAGACGGCCGCCUUCCUCGUGCCCAUUCUCAACCAGAUUUACGAGGCCGGGCCUGUUAAGAAUAUGGGCGCGGUUCGAAGAACAGGCCACAAGCAGUACCCGUUAGGUCUGGUGCUGGCACCGACACGUGAGCUGGCAACACAGAUCUAUGAUGAAGCCAGGAAGUUCGCCUAUCGCUCCCGAGUUAGGCCCUGUGUUGUUUAUGGUGGUUCCCCAAUCUACGAGCAGUUCCGCGAACUGGACCGCGGCUGUCACCUCCUGGUGGCCACGCCUGGCCGUUUAGUCGAUAUGUUAGCCCGCGGCCGGGUCGCCCUUGACCACUGCCGCCAUCUGGUGCUGGAUGAGGCCGAUCGGAUGCUGGACAUGGGAUUCGAGCCCCAGAUAAGAAAGAUCGUCGAGUGCCACACGAUGCCCAAGACGGGUGAACGGCAAACGUUGAUGUUCUCCGCCACCUUCCCGAAGCAGAUCCAGGUGUUGGCGCAGGACUUCCUCUAUAAUUAUGUGUUCCUGGCUGUCGGUCGCGUUGGAUCCACCUCGGAGAAUAUUACACAGAAGGUCGUCUGGGUCGAAGAGCAGGACAAAAGGUCCUUCCUGUUGGAUCUGUUGAAUGCUUCCAACCUCUUGCAGCGAGCGCCCUCUGAGGACGACCAGCUCACCCUCGUCUUUGUUGAGACUAAGAAAGGUGCGGAUCAGCUGGAAGAGUUUUUGGACCGCGAUGGCUACCCAGUGACAUCCAUCCAUGGAGAUCGCUCUCAGCGCGAAAGAGAGGACGCCCUGCGCAGAUUUCGUUCUGGACAGACUCCGAUACUCGUGGCCACUGCUGUCGCCGCUAGAGGUCUGGACAUACCCCACGUACGUCACGUGAUCAACUUCGAUCUACCCUCGGACGUGGAGGAGUACGUCCACCGUAUCGGACGUACCGGACGUAUGGGGAACCUCGGUGUUGCGACUUCGUUUUUCAACGACUCGAACCGGGGACUCGCCAGGGACCUGGUGGAACUGCUGGUCGAGGCUAAGCAGGAUGUGCCAAAUUGGCUAACGAGCACGGCCGCGGAUGGACGUGCGGGUGGCGGCGGCAGACGUGCCGGAAGUCGCUCCGGCGGAACUCGGUUUGCCACCGGAAACGGCUUCGGGGCAAGGGACUUCCGGACGCAGUCAAGACAGCAGCCGAGGUCUGCUGGACCUUCCAUGGGUAAUGUGAGCUAUUCAGGUUUCGGGUACGGCGGCGGCUCAUAUGGAGGCAACUAUGGCGGCUCGUACGGCGGCGGCGGCGGUGGCCCGGACUGGUGGGGGGACUCUUAAGCCGAUCAGAGACAACACCGCUCGUCCAUAGAGUUUGAGGUAUGCUGCUAUUAACGGGAUUUUUAAAAAUUGACAAUUUCAGUUUAUUUUUUUUGUAUAUUUUUUGUUAUUUUUCAAUUAAAAAUGUAAUACUGUGCAAGUAAAUUUUGCGUUAAAAAUUAUUUUUGUUCAUAUAUAGUAGCAAUAUGGUCGAAAGAUAAAAAAUGUAUUCAGUUUUUUCAUUUAAUUAAUUUUAAAAAAAUAUCUAUUUAAAUCAAAAAUAAUUAUUGUUUCAUAUAUGGAUUGAAAAAAACAUGUUAUUUUUUGUAUAGAAUCAAUAAAAAAAUGUGUUAUGUACUUACUAAUGUGAUUGUCUAAAUAUCCAGUGUCCUAAGUCCCUUUAACCUGUAAGCGGCAUACCUAAUAAAAAUUCAAAUUACCGUAUUUAUUUAAUAGUUGAAUAUCGGAGCCCUUAGUUCCUUUUUUUAAAGGGUCCAAUGAUUCACCAAACUUUGUUUUUGAUUGUUGCUAUGUAAAUAGUAUUGCAAAGUUUGUAACAAUUUUUCAUUUAUCUCAAAUAAAAUUCAAUGUGUUAAAAUGGUCACAAUCUUUUCAUUGAUGCGGAACUGUCAAAUGCUAUUGUCAAAAAUGGAAUGUCAGCGCCUUGACGCGCGAAAUUUAUGGUCUUGUUAAGGGACGUCAUUAAUAUUUGUCAUCUGUCAAAUUUCGAAUAUUACAGCCGAGUUCUAUUUUCAAAAUGUAGCUCAUAUUCUGGGGCUUAGACAAAAUUCGUCAAUCGUGACCCACUAACGUUGGGCGUGUUUGUAUGGGAAUGACAUUAGGUCACGUUUUGUCACGUGACCACUAUCAUACAAAGUUUGGCGUUAGUGGGUCAAUUGUUGACAAAACCCGGAAUCCGUUUAUUUGUAUUGACAAUUCCAAUUGACAGUUUCGAUUUUUUUUUUCAAGUACUUCCGUUUCGCAAUAGAUGGCGCUAAACUUAAAGAAGUUAAACCAGCAUAUAAAUUUGAAUAUAGUUUUUUGUUCCCGAGGCGGCAAUUUUGAUGGAGGGCGGUGCGUCGCGAUCGUUGAAUCUCAUUUGUGAACGAUCCCGACUUAAAAAUUAGUGUUAGGCCUGCUCUAUGACGUAAUUGAGAGUUGUCAAAAAUUUUGACAGCUCUUGACAGGUUUUAGAACAUGGCCCGUACCUUUGUGAAUCGCGAUUUUAGGCCAAGUUAAUUCUGAUGUAAAAGGUUUUAAACGCUACUAAAAUCACUUUUAAAUCAGUAUUGUUUUAAACCAGACAGAGUUUAUAAAAAUAAUUUGACAGUUAAAACAGAUAACUGAUUUAUUUAGCUCUUAAUAUGUGAUUUCAAUUAUCUCUUAGUGGCUGUAUGAAACCAAAUCUAAGUGGUAUUUUAAAACAUCAGAAUUAGCAAAUUAAAUUUCUAAGUAAUAAUUUUUAUGUCAUUGGUCGCGAUUUGAAAUUAGUCGAUAAAUAUAGAUUUGAUGUUUCUGUAUCGUGUUAAUUUUCUGUCUUCUGAAACACAAUUUCCGAAAAAUCUAAGCAUUUAUGCACCCUAGUAGUCUGUAGGGAUAGAAGCGAUACAGUAUCUAGUUAAAUUUCGUCCGUAGAACAUCUAUCACCGUGGUCUGUAAUUUGAAUGUGAAUUUACAAAAUAAAAAUAAAGAAAUUGAA